AUAAAUUUGAAAAUAUAGCUAAUUUAACAAUUCAUUUAUAUGAAGAUGCUAUUUUAGAAUAUAAAGAAGAAAGAUCAAUGAAAGAUUUACAGCUUGUAGAUUUUAAACAAACAGAAUUACACUCAUUUAAUAAUUAUGCUAAUGCUCUUAAAAUAAUUAUUAAGGUUCCUUCACUUAAUAAUUAUUUAAAACAAAAUGUAAUUCCAAUAAUUACAGAUUGGCUAGGACAAUUAUUUAUUAAAAAAAUUAUUACAUAUUUAAAAAUCCAACAAUCAGCAGCAAAUAUUCUACAAGUUUAUAAAAAUUUUUAUCCAAUUAUUGGUCCUCUUCAUGUUGUAUUAAAUA